AUGCUGGCCAGUCCGACCAGCAACAUUCAGAGACGCCAUCGGCAACACCGACGGCAGAAUUCGACACCGGUAUCCCUGGAGGCUGCGAAGGUCCCUAAUCUUCCAGCGCCGGCAAUGCAGCGAUAUGCCAUGCACAGACAUGGUAUGAGUCUUGAUCAACGGGCUCCAAACUUGCAGUCGGGUCAAUUGUCGCAGGGAUCGGACGAAUCGAUGUCCAACGCAGGUGUAUACCAGCAAAAUCAAAACGUGCUUCGCGAGGCCCAGCAGCAGCGCCUGACUCGACAGGGCCCUCCGUACUUCGAGCUGCCAAAUGUCUCGGCUUCGAGUGCUGAAUACCAGUCAUUCAGUCAGGAUGGCUUGGACGGUUUUACUAACCCCUCCAGCAGCGAAAACUUCCCUAACAAUGCUUGCAUGGGCCCGGACGCCUUUGGUGCUGAAAAUCAAGACCCGAGAAAUCAGCAUCUGAAAGCAUCUUUCGGGCACAUCCAGCAACAGCAACAGCAACAACUUGGGAAUGCCAACAUGCCGUAUGGUAGUGGCUUGAACCCUCAAUAUGUGAACGAUGCAACCUGGAAUUCGUACCUCGUUGACAAUUCCGGAUUGCCCCAAGGAUUCGACAAGUCGGUUCCUGGCGGCAUCAGACGAAUGUCUGUGCAGUCGGACCUGAGCCAACACUCACAGAGACCGUCGACCCCCAUAAACCAGAUCAAUUCCAAUUACUUCCCAAUCACGCCGGCAACAACCCCAUUCCGGCACACCUCGGAGCUUGCUCCAUACAGUCAGAACGUCAAUGGAUCACCCACAAAGAAUUUGCAAACACCCCAAUCAGCGUUCAUGCAGCGAGCAAAGUCGCUGCAGGGAGUUCCUGGAAGCAACUUCACCGAGCCCAAGGUCGAUGUGCCGUCUCCCCCAGACACUGCUCCCAUUAAUUUUGAACCCUUUGAUACGGCGAACAAUCAGGAGAGCGAUUUCGAAAGUUCAGAGUUUCAGACAGUGACCAAGAGCGAAUCUUUCAACACCACGUCGAAGCGCGAGGAACAGCAUCAUUCGCAGCCAUCGUCGGCGUCGGUGUCAUUCCAAUCAUCACCAGAACUCGCAUUUAUGCCUCUGCCUGGAGAGAAUUCAGGGAAAAACCCGAAAGUCCCUAUUGUCCCAGCAACCCCUUCCCGUGCAAGCCCCAAGAAGCCGGUCAAUGUGACUUCCACCAAACCAAAGUUGUCCCCACGGCCCGCCUCCAUCGACAGUCUGAACCUUGAUUCCAGAAUUAAGGCUUCCAUUACGGAGACGGGUAUUACGAUCGAAGAAAUCGCCUCGUACAUUUCAGGACCGGACGAGGACGGAAAGUGGAUCUGCCUGCAUCCUGGUUGCGACAGAAGGUUUGGACGGAAGGAGAAUAUCAAAUCUCACAUCCAAACCCAUCUUGGUGACCGUCAAUACAAAUGUAAUCACUGUGACAAAUGCUUUGUGCGUGGACAUGAUCUCAAACGGCAUGCCAAGAUCCACACUGGCGAUAAGCCCUAUGAAUGUCUCUGCGGAAACGUCUUCGCACGACAUGAUGCUUUGACUCGCCACAGGCAGCGAGGAAUGUGUAUCGGAGGCUAUCAGGGUGUGGUGAGAAAGACAACAAAGCGUGGCCGGCCGAAGAAAAACAGGCCAGAUAUGGAAGAGAGGCAGGAGAAGGCGGCGCGGACUCGUGAAAAGGUUGCUGCGAAGGCGGCUGCUUCUUCGGUCUCUGGUUCAGAGAGCUCCUGCAGCUCUCCUCCCACGAAAGGCUUUGAAAAUAUGAGCAUUCGUGGAUCUAGCCCGACGGAAGAGGUUGCGAUGUUCGCGCCUAACAACUACUGCCUGCCGUCCGACGUCUUCACCUUUACUCCACCAGCGUCCCCUGGAUACAGCACGGGCAACAAGCCCUCUCCAGCCGGGAGCCACCGUCCAUACACUCCAUCCACAGAUGACGGCAACCUCACCAGAUCUCCAUCUAAGCAGGCUUUGGAGCAGAUUCCGGAGGAACUUUCAGACCUGCCACCGAUUUCGGAAGCCGCAGAAGGCCUCGACUCAGAAGCCGCGAUGAAUUCGACUGCCAACAAUUUGUCCUCCCCUGAGACGGUUCCUGGUCUUACUGGCUCGUCCACCGAAUCUGAUAUUGACUUUUUCAUCAACCAGGAUGCCUCGUCCAGCUUUGAUAAGGACCAGUUUCCUGGCUUCAACGAGUCUGAAAUGUCGAGUUUGCCCGACUUUGCAACUGGAUCCACCUUUGGUGACUUGGAUUUGUUCCAGGGGAAGCCGUCAUUGAAUGAUGAGUUUUUGGUGGAGUACAACGACAAUCCUUCUGAUGUCUUCUUCCAGUGA